AUGUCUGAGAUGGGGAAUCAACCCGAGGUAGACGCCUCAGUCUCUUUGCUGCUUCUUGGAGAUGUUGGUUGUGGUAAAUCGACCUUCCUAGCUCGUCUAAAAAAUAGCAGGCCAUCCCCAUCUGCGCAGCCGAGCGCUAGGGCAAAUCCCCUCGAACUAUUACGAGAUAGCGAUCAACCUUUCAUAUACGAUAUUCGCUUUUCAAAGAAAACAUUCACUCUAGAGCUAUACGACACAUCUAAUCCCAAUCAGCAUUGGUCAACACUCAAACCCGACUUGGUUGUUCUGGCAUUUGAUAUCUCCAACCGAGAGACACUGGAUGGGCUGAAAGCGUGGCGGAACGACAUCACUCGGUACUUUCAGUAUGGUCACGGCGAGCGCCUACCGGUCAUGAUGCUGGGUCUGAAAAGGGACCUGAGGAGAGAAGGCCCAGAAAUCAUUUAUCCGCAAGAGGCUUACCGCAUUGCUCAAGAACUUCGUUGUGAUAGGUAUGCCGAGUGUUCGGCUGUGACAGGCGAGCUGCUUCCAGAGACGUUCGAAGAUCUCGCAAGGUUGGCGGCGAUGACGACUACCGAAAAGGGAGGGCAGACUCCUGGUACGUCGUGUGUUAUUUUAUGA